CAAAGGGUCCCGGUCUUUUUUUUUUUAACCGUCGUAGCUCAUUUCUUUGAAUUGCAGUCCGCACGUGUUUUCCGUUUUCAGCGGUAAAAGAAAACAGAAAGCAAGAGUAAUGUCUGCACAAAAUAAUGACCCAAAAGAUGCUGUUGCUGUGAAGGAAUAUGUUAAGAAAAAUGAUGAAUCUACAUUUUGUUUCAGUAAGGAGCCAUCACUUGAAAAAAUACGUCAGAUGCAAGCACAAUUUGCUGAUGAAAGAAACUGGAAUCAAUUCCAUUCGCCAAGAAACCUACUUCUGGCUCUAGUUGGCGAAGUUGGUGAAUUGGCGGAAUUAUUUCAAUGGAAAGGUGAAGUGAAACAAGGCUUGCCAGACUGGACUGAGAAAGAAAGGCGUAAUUUGGGUGAAGAACUUAGUGAUGUUGUUAUGAACACUGUUCGAUUAGCUGAUGUUUGCAAUAUUGACCUUUCGAAGGAAAUACUUCAUAAAUUUGGCGUUAAUGCCAAAAAUUACCCAGUACAAGAGUGCUUACGAAAUUCAAUGCAUAACAAACCGACAAAAAAAACCAAACACGAUGACGAGUUUAAGCCACGAGAGAAAUGAUAAAAUGAACUAUUUUUAGACUGGAGUGAUAGACAAA